CAUCCGCACUACAUCCGGCAAUUCGUAGCCUCUGCCUUUGGCGUUGUUCUCUGGUUGCACUCACUGUUCUUCAGAGAAAAACGUGUUUUAAUGGUAACCGGGAAAACGUCACCGCCACUUUUUUAACAUGUCAGAGAAAUCAGAAGUGGAUUUAACUGGUGCUAAACAGAAUACUGGUGUAUGGCUGGUAAAGGUGCCCAAGUACCUGUCUCAACAGUGGGCCAAAGCGUCAGGCAGGGGCGAGGUUGGCAAGCUCCGAAUUGGCAAGAACCAAGGGAAGGCAGAGGUGUCUUUCACAUUGAACGAAGAGCUAACUGUGAUUGAUGGUAUCGACAAGACAGUGCGGGCACCUCGUGACCACCCCUUCACCAUGCAAAGUGUAGGGGGUCAGACUCUCGCCGUUUUCACAGAAUCCUCGUCAGAGCAGCCCAGGGGCCAGUUAGAAGAGAGAUCUGAUGGCAGCAGCUCAGUUGCAGGGGCGGGGGCAGGUCCAGACAAGAUAGCCCUGGAGGGGGUGGUGGUCCAGCGGGCAGAGUGCCGGCCUGCUGUCAGUGAGAACUACAUGAGGCUGAAGAGAAUGCAGAUCGAGGAGUCCUCCAAGCCUGUUAGGCUGUCCCAACAGUUGGACAAAGCUGUCACCAACAACUACAAACCGGUGGCCAAUCAUUCCUACAACCUGGAGUAUGACAGGAAGAAGAAGGAGGAGGGCAAGCGAGCACGUGCUGAUAAGCAGCAGGUGCUGGACAUACUGUUUUCCGCUUUUGAGAAGCACCAGUACUACAACAUCAAAGACCUGGUGGACAUCACGAAACAGCCUGUGAUUUACCUGAAGGAGAUCCUACGUGAUAUCGGCAUCUACAACGUCAAGGGAACUCACAAGAACACCUGGGAGCUGAGGCCAGAGUACCGCCACUACCAGGGUGAGGAGAAGACCGACGAGUAGGUCACCCUGCCACCUGACCACAAGCUCACCCACCAUGGGUGGAACUGGAGCCUGCUUCUGGUUGACCUACACCAACCACCAGAGGGCAACAGCAGAUGCCCCUCCACAAGCCUAUGAAAAGGGGACAAUGUUUUUAAUGAAGAGGUGCUGUUAGCGUAGUAAAACGUGUGUUUUACUGUUUUUAUGUAGUGUUGGAAAUGUAAACACUUAUUCUUCAGACUCCACUGGGCAUAUUUUUAUUAUGUAAAAGCAAACGGCCACAUUACACAUACAGAGCUAUGUGUUCAGUCAGAUCCCAAUGCAUUCAUCGUUGCAAAGUAGGGAUAGUUUUGCUGACCAGUUGAAUUAGGUGUGGAUAAAAAAAAAUUCCUAAUAUUUGAAAUAGAUUUGGCUACAAUACAUUUUAGGAGACUAACCUUUUAGAAAGGAACAGAAGGGUUUGUUCUGGUGGUGGUUCUGUACCUACAUACUUUUUUUUUUACCACACCCUUAAGGGAAAAUGCAGCUCCUGGAUUGAGUCAAGGUUUUAUGUAAUGACUACUGGAAUAAAAUCAAAUUUUUUAA